AUGACGAGCGUGUGCAGCAACAACUAUCAGCACUUUCAACUGACCAACGGCAACAUCAUGUUGCUGCAACAUCACCAGCUGCCCCAGCAUCAGCAACAACUCUCGGUGCCACAACAACAUCAGCUGAUUGCACCAAAGUUGCCACUGGGCAACAGCCAAUUGCAGAACAUGCAACAUGCCUCAAGUGUCGGUCCAAUGUUGCACAAAAAGAAAUUCAACUACAACAACAUGCCGUACAGCAGCAGCAGCGGGGCAGAGCAAAUGCCAUCGGUGGCACGUCGCAACGCACGUGAACGCAAUCGUGUCAAGCAGGUGAACAACGGCUUCGUCAAUCUGCGUCAGCAUUUGCCACAGAGCGUCAUCAAUACGCUCUCGAAUGGCGGUCGAGGCGCCAGCAAAAAACUCUCCAAGGUCGACACUCUGCGCAUCGCCGUCGAAUACAUUCGUGGACUUCAGGAUAUGCUCGACGAUGGCAGCAGCAGCAGUGAAGGAAGACAACUGCCAAGCUUCAGUCAACAUUCGGCUGAUGAGAGCAGCAACGAUGGCAGCUACAGCAACGAUUACAACAGCAGCAUCGAAGCUCCGUUCGUCAGUCAUUCUUAUCACUCUGCCUCGCCCACGCCUUCGUACAGUGAUUCCGAUCUAUCGGCUAGCUAUGUGAAGCAAGAGUUGCCCGAGGAACAUCAUCAGCAACAGCAACUGCAACAUCAUCAUCAUCAUCAUCAGCAACAACAGCAGCAGCAACAAUUCAAAUUCGAAUCGUUCGACAGCUUCAGCGAUGAGCAACCCGACGAUGAGGAACUCCUCGAUUACAUUUCAUCGUGGCAAGAGCAAUAAUCAGUGCAACAACAACAACAACAAUUGCACCCUUGUAAAUAUCAACUUCAACCUCAACGUUUGCCUUAGUGAAAACAACAACAAACAACAAACAAGUCCCAGCUAGCUUAAGUUCCCCCUUUUUUUGACUAGCCUUAUAAAAAACAAAAACACUUU